ACUUCCGGGUCUCGGUGCUUGCUGGGAGCGCUCUACAAGUAGCGUCAUUUCCGUUGCCGGCUGUUUGCAGUUGGGAAAACCAAGACCGAUUCCAGCUCCCCAUAGUUCUUCCGCUUCUGUCAGGAAAAAAAAAUGUUUAUUUCUUUGUGGGAGUUCUUCUAUGGGCACUUUUUGCGAUUUUGGAUGAAAUGGCUCUUACGACAGAUGACUGGGAAGUGUGAAUUGCAGCGAAUUUUUGAUACCUAUGUAGGUGCACAGAGGACACACAGGAUAGAAAAUUCCUUGACAUACUCCAAGAAUAAGGUUUUACAGAAAGCGACACUUGUUGUUCAGAGUGAAGUGGACCAAUGUGUAGAACAUAUAAUGAAGGAAAAGAAUAUUAACCCUGAGAAGGAUGUCAGUUUUAAAAUCUGCAUGAAGGCAUGCUUACUGCAGAUAUCUGGUUAUAAACAGCUGUAUUUGGAUGUAGAAAGUGUGAGAAAAAGGCCAUAUGAUUCUGAUAACCUGCAACACGAACAACUGCUUCUCAAGCUCUGGGAUCUUCUAAUGCCCACGAGAAAGUUGAAGGCUAGAAUCUCCAAGCAGUGGGCUGACAUUGGUUUCCAGGGUGACGAUCCUAAAACAGACUUCAGAGGCAUGGGCGUGCUUGGAUUGAUCAACCUUGUGUAUUUCAGUGAAAAUUAUACCAGUGAAGCUCAUCAGAUUCUUUCCCGUUCAAAUCAUCCAAAAUUAGGGUAUUCUUAUGCAAUAGUUGGAAUCAAUCUGACAGAGAUGGCUUAUAGCUUGCUGAAGAGUGAAGCUUUGAAAUUUCAUCUCUACAACUUUGUUCCUGGUGUACCAACAAUGGAACACUUUCAUCAGUUUUACUGUUAUCUUGUCUAUGAAUUUGACAAGUUUUGGUUUGAAGAAAAGCCAGAAAGCAUUAUGUAUUUCAACAUCUAUAGAGAGAAGUUUCAUGAAAAGAUUAAAGGACUCUUACUGGACUGUAAUGUAUCACUUACUUUAAACAUAUGAAUCAUACCUAGUACCUUCUAUUUCUACCACAUUUUGCACACACAACAGAAUUUAUAUGUUGUAAUAGAAAUUUCUGAUCAAUUAUACUGCUUAUAUAUAAUUUCCUACACAAAUAUUUCAGAAAUUCUAUUUAAGAAAGCUAGUGGACAAUCGUGUAUGUUUACAGUUACUUAUACACUGUCCUCCAAAGGUAACUUAUCCUUCCAAAGAUCCCCCUGCUGAGUCAUGUGAACCACAGUACGGAACAUGGGGCUUAGCCCAUUUAGUAUAAAAGUACAAAUCAGGUAUUUGUAUUAAAUUGGUUGAUUAAAAUAUGUAAAAGUCCGUUUUUACUUUUAUGUCUUGUAGCUAUCAAGUUGGUAUCUUUGCAAAGCUCUUCAGGUUUUUCGUUUUUGAGUUUGGAAAUGAUUGUUCUUUAUUUUCUUUCCCUUGUUUUAUUUGUAGGUUAAUUAACAGGGCGAGUUAGCUCUUCACGGUUUUCUUCAUUUGCAUCUCAGUCACGUGCCAGUGUUGCUUCAUUAGUAGCAACCAGAGCAUAGGUAUGUCAGGAUGAAGGAUCAUGGCCUUUUUGAUUUCUCUGAUUAUUUAGCACAGAUAAUGAGAAAAUGACAGCAAUGGCGACGAGCUUUUUUUGUUUAUAAAUCCACAUUUUAAAAUAUCACAGUGUUAUUUUAAAGUGCAAAGACAUUUUUCUUCAGUAUUUGCUUUUGUCGCUUAUAGGAAAGAACCUUAGUGUUUGGUGUGAGAGCCUUUUAAGGGACUUCUCUACCUGCAAAUGUGUUCAUGAAAAGAGCUGUAUUUGCUAAGAAAAUCUUGAUUGUAUUCAAAGGACAGUUGCUGUUUCAAUAAAGCUGUCUUUGAAAAACGUAAACAAGAGGAAAACUUAAAGCUUUUUUAAAAAUCUCAGUUAAAACAUCGUUGGCUUAAUUUACUUGCUGUUAACCCUUGCUUCUCUUUGCUUUGACUCCUGGUGUUUCUAGAUAAUGAUCUAUGGACUUGAUAGGUAUUCUUUGAGUUACAAUCUGUGGGAGUCUGCAGUAGCCUGAGGAUGGUGACUGUGCGUUUUGUAUAGCUUUAGUCUCCUAAAAUCUCAGGAGGGCAGCAAAUGUGUCAAGAAUUGCAUAGUGAUGCGAUUCUAAUGGGAACGGAUUCUUUUUUGUGUGUUUUAGACAUUUGUACUCAGCAAAACUAACAGUUUGAAGAUAGGUUCAUCUGAUUACUGAGUUCUCUUUAAAUCCUACAGAAACCAGCCUGUUAAAGACAAAAUUUAAUCUAAAACAUGAUGUAGCUGGUACAUCUUUCAACAUGGUAUAUAUCAAGUGUUGAAGCACUGGCUCUUACAUGACAUAUCAAGACCUGAGACUUUCAAAUCUUUGUUCAUUUCUAUUGACAAACCUUUCCAAACUUGACAAAGAGAAGAGUGGUAAAAAAUAACCGCUUGGAAAAUAACAGAUGCUGUGCUGUAUGGCACAUACAUUAAAGCUGCAUGCAUUAAAAUUAGGAUUUCCCUUAAUAAAAUAAAACUAGUUUUAAAUUGUGUUCAAUUUAUUAUAAUAGUAGUGGUUUAGCUAUUCAGUAUUUCAGGAAUUUAAAAAUUGGUUUCUUGUAAGGGAGUUCUCAACCUUGGGAGUAUCUUAACUUAACUUUUUUAAAUGUUUUCAGUGCUUUAUUAUCCAGCUAGAGUUCUGAGAUAUAGCAAAAUACUGAUAAGGAUCAAGUGUUAACCAUUAAAGUUCGUUUUAUCAAGGUGUUUACUAUUACAUGGAAAGCAAUUCUGUUAGUCUUUUAAUUUUCGUGCUGAAAAUACUUUAUAUUUUAAUCUUUCAACAGCUGAGAUCUUGAAUUGAUUUAAAUCUUUGUCAGUAUGCUUAAUAGAAGAAUGAUUCAAGUAUAGAAAGGGAAACCUUUUAAGUAAUUAAGUUUUUCACUUUCUAGGGAGGAAAACUUUUCAAUAAUAUUUUUAAUAUAUCACUAGAAAGUUUGCUCAAUAAUAUGUUCUUUAAAUCCACCUCUGUUUGUACAAUAUAGAUAUUGUCUGUUUUUCUUUAAAAUAAUCAGUACCAUUUCAGAUAGUUCCAUAGGGAAUUGGUCUAAAAGCUACCAACACAUUCUAAGGUUUGAAAAUCUGGAAGCCAAGCUAAGUGUCACCAGUUUUACACGAGAACAUAACAUGAGCCUUCUGACUUUUAUGUGAUAGUGACAUAGAUGAAAAGAAAAAUAGAAUAAUUGUGUCUGCCUUCUUACUUUUCCUUGCUUUCAUCAUAUGUGUGUUAGAAUUUUGUGUAGCCUUAAAAUCCGUAUGUAGAAUCUUUACCUGUUUCUAUAAUAAUAAACUACCAAAGUAGUGAUAGAACUGAAGUAGCAGGAAAAUUAUGUUUGUUUUGAUAUCAAAAAAGUGAAUCAGUGUUGAAAUGAAUUUUUGUAUGUGCCAGGUUGAAGAGAGUGUGCCAGUCACAAGAAUAGUCUAAAAAUAUCAUUACAGUGGUCAUAGUUCAAGUAUGUUCUGAAAGACAAUCUUUAAAGAACGGGAGAAAUCAGGAGAUAUCAGUGAACCUAGACCAACCUCUCUUUGGAUGUAAAUAUGGUGAUAGCGUUAGAUAUAAAAAUCAGUGUCUUACUAGCACCAUUUACAAUGUAGAAAACAGAAUCUUUUCCUUGAAAAUACCCAUCCUGAUUUUUUUCUAUUCUAAGAGCUACUUGGAUUUGUAUGUAUUUUUCUAUGUGAAAACAAAUGUAUUCCUCAUUCUUAUUCCAGUGUUCAUAGCUUAUGUACUGUUUCUCCCCUUUGUGUUUAGUGAACUAGAACUUGUUCAAAGAUUUGCUCAAAGGAGAAGCAUUACAUGAGUGUGAAAAGUGGAAUGCUCGUGGCCAGAGCAGAAAAGAUUACACGUUAUCAUGGCACAGAAGAGACAGGUUUGGCUUGGAGAGCAAUAACGUUUCUUUCCCUUCUGGAAUUAAUGAUAGGGGACCAACAGCUGUUUCCCCAGGAUGAACAGUCUAUCCACCUUCUCUCUGAACAGGGCAGGCUUAAUUUCCAUUUUCACAUUUAGGAACCUGUCUGCAUCAGCAGCUUUUUAAUGAAAAUUAAAAAGAAUCUGAGAGAAAUCAUGACUGAACUUUUUUUUUUCUGGCUUCAGCUUUUGACAAGAAAAAAUUUAAAUGUAAUGCAGGUAAGGCCCAACUACUACAUUAAUAUGAUAGGGCGGUUCUAUGUUUCUGUUAAAUUAUUCAAAAAAUAUUUAAGCAGUAGCUUUCCCUGGGGGAAAAAGUGCUGGUUGGCAACUUAAAGAAAUAGAUUUUUGUCUAGUUUGGAUAAAGCAAUCAACUUCUUAUGUAAAAGCAAUAGUUGAAACGUGAUGUCAUUUUGUUUGGAAUGUUGUGAGCAAAUAAAAAACAUGUUGAAACUUU